AUGGAAGGGAAGAGUUUGAAAAAAUUAAUUGAAAUAGGAGGCGAUCAAGGUUUAUUAACAGCAUUCUAAUCUAAUGUUAAUAAUGGAGUUGAUUCAAAUGAAAAUGUUUUAAGACUGAGAUAAUUGUAUGGAGAAAAUUUACCAGUGGAGAAAGAAUUAUCAUCUAUAUUUUCAAUGAUUAUUGAGUGUUUCGGAGACACCAUGUUAUAAAUAUUGUUGGUAGCUUCAUUAGUCUCAACUGGGAUUGGAAUCUACAAGGAAGGUAUUGAGACUGGGUGGAGUGAAGGAGCAACAAUAUUCUUUGCAGUAUUUUUAAUAGUUUCAAUUACUGUUGGGAAUAAUUAUGUUAAAGAAAGAUAAUUUCAAAAAUUAUACCAUAAAUUAGAUGAAUCAAAGCAGCAAGUUAUUAGAAAUUCUAAAGUAUAAUAAAUUGAUAGCAAAGAAUUGGUUGUGGGAGAUAUUCUAUUUUUUAAUAUUGGUGAUUUAUUAUAAGUGGAUGGAUUAAUGGUCUCUGGAUCAGAAGUGAAAAUGGAUGAGUCAACUGUCACAGGAGAAUCAGAUUCUAUCCGCAAAUUACCAUACAACGAGAUAACCGAAUAUCUGAUGAUGAAAUCCAGUCAAUCUUAAUAAAUGAAAAACAGCAAUUAAUUAAAGAAAUAAUUAAAAAAUGCAUCUCCAUUUAUGAUCUCUGGAACUAAAGUGAUGGAUGGCACAGGAACUAUGUUAGUAUUAACUGUAGGAUAAAAUACAUGCGCAGGAAAAACAAAGUUAUUACUCGAUCAAGAAACUCCUCCCACUCCAUUAUAAUAAAAAUUGGAAGGAUUGGCUGAAGAUAUUGGUAAGUUUGGCACCUUUGUUGCUAUUAUCACAUUUUUUGCAUUAACUGUUCAUCAAUUAAUUUUGGGAUUUAUGGGUUAUAAUAAAAUUUUGAGUAUUGAAACAUUACAAUUUGUUAUACAAUCAUUCAUGAUAGGAGUAACUAUUAUUGUGGUUGCAGUUCCAGAAGGAUUGCCAUUGGCUGUUACUAUAGCAUUAGCAUAUUCUGUGAAUAAAAUGAAGGAUGAAAAUAACUUAGUCAAAAAUUUAGCAUCUUGUGAAACUAUGGGAGGAGCUAAUACAAUAUGUAGUGAUAAAACAGGAACCUUGACAUAAAACAAAAUGACUGUCACUGGAUUAUGGAUUGAAAAUGAUAUUUUUAUGAACUAAGCUAUUUAUGAUAAGAAGGAUGCUCAAGUACCUAGAUAAAUGUAAGAAUUACUAGCUGAAAGUGUAACAUUCAAUUCAACUGCUUAUCCCACCAAAACAGAAACAGGAAACUUUAUAUAGACUGGUAAUAAAACUGAAUGUGCGUUACUUGAAUUAACAGAUAGAUUCGGAUACAGCAUUUCAUUAUACAGACCAACUGAUAAAAUUGUCAAAGUCUUACCUUUUAGUAGCAGAAGAAAGAAGAUGGCUACAGUCAUAUAUUAUAAAGGAUUUCUAAGAGUUUUUGUAAAAGGAGCAUCGGAAAUCAUUUUGAAUCAAUCAACCAAGUUAAUCGCAAAAGGAUAAGAACAUUACUUAGAUGAAAAUAAAAAAAAAUAAAUAAAAUAAGAUGUGAUUGAUAGAUUCGCAUCUAGAUCUUUGAGAACCAUUGCAAUAGCAUAUAAGGAUACAAACUAUAAAGGAACUUAACAUUAAUUAAAGGAAUUAGCCUUUAAUUUAAGUGAGGAGGAGUUGGAAAAAGAUUUGGUUUUAAUCGCAAUAGCUGGGAUUAAAGAUCCAAUCAGAAAAGAUGUUCCUAAUUCAAUAAAAGCAUGUAAUAAAGCUGGAAUCUAAGUCAGAAUGUUAACAGGUGAUAAUACAUUGACUGCUAUUGCAAUUGCUAAGGAGAGUGGAAUAUUAUCGUCGGCAUAACCUAAGGAAUAUGAGUGCAUGGAAGGAAAGGACUUUAGAGAAAAUGGUAAAAAAGUCUUAAGAAUUGCCAAUUAGGAAAUAUUUAAUAAGAUUAGCAAAUAGUUAAAAGUCUUAGCCAGAGCUACUCCUGAAGAUAAAUUUAUGUUAGUCACUGGCCUAAUUGAUCAAGGAAAUAUUGUUGCUGUGACAGGAGAUGGAACAAAUGAUGCUCCAGCUUUAAAAAAAGCAGACGUAGGAUUCGCUAUGGGGGAAUCUGGUUCUGAUGUCGCAAAAGAUGCGGCUGACAUUAUAUUAGUAGACGAUAAUUUUAGUAGCAUUAUAACAGCAAUUAAAUGGGGUCGUAACAUUUAUGAUUGUAUUAGGAAGUUCAUCCAAUUCCAAUUGACUGUUAAUAUAGUGGCUCUUUUUAUGGCCUUUUUAGGAGCUGUCAUUCUAAAUUAAUCUCCUCUUAAUACUAUCUAAAUGUUAUGGGUUAAUCUUAUUAUGGAUACGUUUGCUUCUUUAGCCUUGGCAACAGAACCACCUAGUUCAGCACUCUUGGACAGAUAACCAUACAAAAGAACCUAACCAAUAGUUUCAGCUUAUAUGUAUAGAACUAUUUGCUGUCAAAGUCUCUAUUAAUUGGCUGUUCUUAAUUGCAUUUUAUUUCUUUAUCCUUCUGAUGAGUUGACAAAGCUCAGUAUCUUUUUUUAAACUUUUGUAAUUAUGUAGGUUUUCAAUUCAAUAACUUGUAGGCAGCUCGAUUAUCAAUCACUUAAUCCAUUUAAUAAUUUAUUCAAUAAUGGAAUGUUUUGGUUGAUUUAACUCAUAACAGUUUCAAUUUAAUUUGCAUUGUUAUAAUUCGCUGCUAAUUACGUUAAAGUUAGACAAUUAACCAUAAUAGAACAUUCGAUAUGUGCAGGAUUUGGUGUUUUGGGAAUGUUAGCUGGGAUUAUAUUUAAAUUAAUACCUGAGGGUUGUUGGAGAAGGGUACAUCUAUUUAAAGAAACAGAAAUUGCAGAGGAAAACAUGGAUGCUACAUUGACAAGUUAACUCAGAAGAAAAUCAUCACAAAGAUUGCAUUCAAAAGUAAUGAUCAAUGUAAAAAGUGGAGAACAUAAAUGA